AUGAGCGGCGACGACCGGACUCCACAGCAACUAUUCCGGGGACCUGGUAUGUCGGCAUUUGAGGAAGCGACAUGGCACUACGGUGACUUCUCUUUCAGUGAUGACGACUUCCUUGCGGCGCUUGAUAAUAACAAGGUCGAGGAAGACUUUGAUUAUCAGGACCUGGACUGCGUUCAGACAACUGAGGAGCAGACGCCGAUUGCUGCGGCGCCUACUCCUCGGCAGCAUGUGAAGACACCUGCCUGGGAUUAUUCAUACGUCGAUCCACAGUUGCUUGAUACAGCCUUCGGAGAGCCAUUGGUGCAGGCACACGAUCAAAGCCUGGAAGGCAAUGGAGUUUCGGGCCCUGAGAACGUUCAGUUUUGGAAUGAAGACUCUCUGAAAUCGCAGCGCCCGCAAUCAGCAUGGGGUCUUCGCGGAAGGAGUGAGACUUUGGAGGCAUCUGUUUCAGCACCAAUUUCAGAGAUGUCUCCCUACUUCAAAGGAACAGCCGACUCGCCAAACUACGCAGAUCGAAAUUCUAGCCGACUAUUCUCCAGUCAUCCGGGUUUCCCAAUCGAAGAUACUCGACAUAAUACGCCAGUUCCUGCGCUGAGCAGUCCGUUCGGAUAUGAGCCACGGCACUAUAAUGAUAACCUCGUGAAACCGCAUUCUGCGACCCAGACGCACGGCACGCGGGCAUUUGCAUCAAGACAACACCAGCGGAAGCCUACUGUCAGCUACCCAAAUCACCUCGGAGCCUCGAGACAGAUUUUCGAUCGAUCAAUCCACAAUCCAGUGGACAAUCAAGCAUCAAGCGCUCAGCCUCAAAUCGGAUCCGAUCAAGAAAAUGUUUGCCUUGAUCUUUCCGAUCCUCACAGUCGACAACAACAGAUACCAGGUCAUCUAAAACGACAAAACAACCAUCCGAACUUCAUAGCCCCGCAAAUGGCACAUUCAUCACCUUACCAGAACUUGGGCUUUGAUAGCACCGCAAGCUGGGUUGAUCAGCAGCUCUUACCGGGCACCUGGCCCCUGCCACAGCAACAGCAACAGUACGACCCAUGGAACUUUGAAAUCCAAGAUCCGUAUGCAACGCCCUUUGAGCCAACUCCUACGCCUCAGCUGGACUCGCGAUCUCCCGCGCUUUCUACGCGCCGUCCGCGACCCUCAGCGAAGGCCAGAGGUAAAUCUCGCGCCGAUAGCGAGGCGCCCUCCGUCCGCGAACCCAAUCCCACUUGUCAAGGGAUCAAAGUGAGCGGCGAGCCCUGCGCGAAGCCAUUCGAUGUCACACGCUCCCGCUCCGACAAAUACUGCAACCGUUGCGCACAGAGACAUAUCCGUCAAGCAGCCGACGCCGAUCCGCCCCAUUAUCACCUGUCCCCACAGGUACGAAACUACCAAGAAGCCCUCAGUCUCAUCUUUCCGCAGCCAGAAGUCGGCGGGCCACCUGGGAGUGAUGACGAAGCGCGCAAUGCUGCCGUCCGCGAAGAUGCGUACAUCCAGCGCUUCCUCGACGCCGUCAACACGGCGCGACCUGCACAGCCCAAAGACUGGCUCUUCACGCACCAGCACAAUUUCAACGCCGACGCGCAACUCAAAGCAUCCUACCGCGAGGAAAUGGUCACGGCGCGUCUGCGCGCCCUGUUCCACGAGACCGUCAUCUUCCACACCGGCGACGGCUGUAGCGCCUACCCGACCGGCGGCACGAAUACCGGCUACGCGAAGAAGCAGGACUACGAUUUCGACGAGCGCAUCCGGCAGAUCUGCGCCGUCAUGGUGCUGAAUAAGCGGAUCGUGAUGGAUGUUGUGGAAGGGAGGGGAGUGCAGGGGUUGGUGGCGAAUCCGUGGGAUUACCAUCGCCGGAAGGAGAAUAAUGAUUCGGCGAAUAAGAAGAAGAAGAAUAUGUUGGAUAAGGGGAGGGAGGUGGGGGAUAGUGAUGGUGAGGGGGAGGGGGAGGGGAACGGUGGAGGGGAUCAGGCCGGACCUGCGAAAGGCAAGAUGGCGGCGGAGAGAGGCGGGCGUGGAAGGGGACGAGGACGCGGUCGAGGUGCUGCCGCUGGUGGCACGAAGCGGAAGCGAAUCGACCAAGGUAGUGGUGUGGUGGAGAGUGUGGAAGUCGGUGAGGAGGCUGCGUCUUCUUCUUCUCCUUCAUCAUCAAAACGCACGCGAAGGUCGCCUCGCAAUCAUCAGCAGGGUAACAACGAUGGGGCCGCCGAGUCUUCCAGUUGGUCGGACACUUUUUCUGGAAACGCAGAAUCCCCGCCAACGGCAGGCCGCCCUGGCCCUGUUGACGAGUACAGUCCGUCUGUGUAUGGUUCCGGCAGAUCCAACACGAUUGGUUGGAUCCAUGGACGUGGACGUGGACGACGAUAA